AUGGAGUAUUUCGAGAAUUGCGUCAAGAUGGACAUGCACGCCGAGAAUAAAGAAGACGUUUGCACGGAGGUGACCAAAUGGUUGGCAACGAUAACCGCUUGGGCCAUUCGCAACCCGAAAAUCAUGGCUGAAAUUCGGGAUUCGGUUGAGCUGAAACCAUCGGACACACUCAAAGAGCUCUUCACAUAUGAUAAAACGUUAGCCAAUCUAAACUCCUUCGUCGACGCUCAUCCACAACGAGUCCAAGAGGCGGAAGCGAUGAGAAAAAUUGUCGAUCUUGUGCCGGAUUUCAACAAUUAUCAGAGAUUAUUAGCGAAUACUUGUCAGCCACCACUUUUGGCGCAUAUGGACAUGUGGUCAGGGAAUAUUUUGUGGAGAAAAACGACCGACCGGGAAUAUCAACCGAUUGCGAUUAUCGAUUGGCAAGUUUGCGAGGUGGGCACUCCGAUCAAUGAUCUCGUCCGGUGGAUCCCGAGCGCCGUUUCCGUGGAGGAAUUGCUGACAAAUCGCAACAAAUACCUCCGUGACUAUUACUCAGUUCUUCUCGAGAAAGCCGAUGGUUGCAAAUUGCCAUGGGAAACUUUUGAAAAGUUAGUCGAUUCUUUCGAGCGUUUAUACCCAUUAUUGAUGGUGCCAAUGGCGUUGCUUUUCAUUAAACCGGAAAUGAUGGGAAUGAUGUUGGCUGCAAGAGCUGAUCACGAAAAAGCCGAAGCUCAGCAGAAUUAUAUGAAGAAAAUGUUCGGUUUCAUUGAAUGCGCUGUGGAAUGUAUUCAGAAAUAUUAU